AUGGUCUCGACAUCUAAACAUGUUUUCUCCCUUCUCAAGUCGAAGCCGUAUUACGAUACCGAACUAGGUUCUAUGAGACGAUGCACAGCCGAAGAGCUGCCCAUACUCAAGAAUCUCUCCAUGAAGAGAUUGGUCUUGGCACCUGGGUCAAUUCGGGAACCCCACUGGCAUGCCAAUGCAAACGAACUCACAUAUUGCAUCAGUGGCAAGGCCUUUGUGUCUGUUCUUGAUUCGGGCAGUGAAUUUUCGAAUUUCACCGUUGAAGCCGGCCAAAUGUUCCACAUCAACACUGGAGCUCUCCAUCACAUCGAGAAUAUCGGCGACGAGGAUGCGAUAUUUAUCGUUACAUUCAGGCACGAGCAGCCGAAGGAUUUCUCCUUGGAGAACUCUUUUGGGGCGAUGACCGAUGCUGUCCUUGGGAAUACUUACGAUCAUCCUUCAUCUGCGUGGUCUAAAAUUCCACGGGACACCAAGAUGAAGUAUAUCGUUAAGCGCAAGGGAAAGGCAGAUGUUCCCAGCACAGCCAAGCUUCCAGACAGCCAUAAGUUCGACGUCGAAGCCAUGAUUGCUCCAACAGCCGCCCCAGGAGUUGGCUCAGCCAAGACGGCGCGAAGCCAAUAUUGGCCAGCCUUGAAGAAUAUCGCCAUGUACUCUCUAUUAGUUGAAGAGGAAGGAAUGCGUGAGCCUCAUUGGCAUCCAUUCACCGCAGAGAUGGGGUAUGUUCACAAAGGUCAUGCGCGGAUGUCGGUCAUGGACCCCGAUGGCUCUGUUGAUACGUAUACGCUCGAGCCAGGCGAUUGUUACUUUGUUCCUAUAGCAUACCCACAUCAGAUUGAAGUCAUUGGCAAAGAGGAAAUCCAUUUCUGUAUCUUUUUCGACCAACCUAUGCCUGGCGAUGUUGGCUACCGGGCGUCUGCGACGGCACUGAGUCGUGAGGUCCUGGCGGCAACUUUUGGUGUUGAGAAAGAGGAGUUACCAGAGUUCCCUUUCACCCCAAAAGACCCAUUGCUUGUGAAGAGGCUGAAUCCAGUUGACCCUGUUGAUUGAAGACUGUGAACUGUGAAGGAUGUUCGGAG